CAGGAUCACCAAUGCAUUGGAUUUAACCUGCUCCGGGGCCGGAGAAGGCCAAAGAGGAGGCUUUCUAACGUCGUCGUACGACGUCCAUAACUUCACACCACAUCGCCGGCGCCACCUAUAUUCAAAAUGGCGAUGAGGUUCACACUCGCGCGUGCGUCGACAAGGCCUCAGCGCACGCAGCUGCUGAAUCCGCUCGCAAUAGCUUCCUGUGUCCAACAUCCGGCAAGGCCCUGGCGGCGGUGCAUCUCGACUGCCCAAUCCGAGGCAGCCACCCCGAAACCUGCCGUCAAGUUCACCAGCGAAAGCUACCCAUCACUCAAGCGGGAUUCUCGGUUCGCACAGCUGACGGCAGACCAUGUAAACCACUUCAAGCAGCUGCUGGGCAGCGCCGCGGUCCUUGACGCCGUGACUGACGAGGCGGUCAGCGACGAAGUCGAUGGGUUCAACAGCGACUGGAUGCGCAAGUACCGUGGGCACGGCAAGCUCGUCCUCAAACCAGGCUCGACCGAGCAGGUGAGCCAGAUCCUCAGGUACUGCAACCAGCACAAGCUUGCUGUGGUUCCCCAGGGCGGCAAUACGGGCCUUGUUGGCGGAUCGGUCCCGGUUUUCGACGAGAUCGUCAUCAACCUUGGCAGGAUGAACCAGGUGCGCCAUUUUGAUGAUGUCAGCGGCACUCUUGUCGCCGACGCGGGCUGCAUCCUGGAAGUUGUCGACCGGUAUCUUGCCGACCGAGGCUACAUCUUCCCCCUGGAUCUAGGGGCCAAGGGUUCAUGCCAGAUUGGCGGCAAUGUCUCUACAAACGCCGGCGGCCUGCGUCUUCUGCGGUACGGCAGCCUGCAUGGCUCUGUCCUCGGACUUGAGGUCGUACUCCCGAAUGGCACCAUCGUGAACGACCUGUCCAGGCUACGCAAGAACAACACCGGCUACGAUCUCAAGCAUCUCUUUAUUGGUGCCGAAGGGACCAUUGGCAUCGUGACCGGCGUCUCCGUCCACUGCCCGCAGCGUCCAAAGGCCGUUAACGUUGCAUUUUUGGGGCUGGAAUCCUACGACAAGGCGCAGCAGGCUUUUCGCGAGGCCAAGGGCCAGCUUUCAGAGAUUCUCUCUGCGUUUGAGCUUAUGGACGGUGGCAGCCAAGAAAUAGUUGCCGAGGUGACUAAGAAUAGGCAACCUCUUGACGACAAGCACCCCUUUUACUGCCUCAUCGAGACAAGCGGAUCCAACAGCGAGCACGACAGCGCUAAGCUCGAGGCCUUCCUGGAGAGUGUGAUGGCGAAGGAGAUUGUAUCUGACGGUGUCGUGGCGCAGGACGAGACACAAGUCAAGGCGCUGUGGGGUUGGCGGGAAGGCGUGCCGGAGUGCAUAGGCCACUGGGGUGGUGUGUAUAAGUAUGACGUCUCGAUCCCGCUCAAGGAGAUGUAUCAGCUGGUCGAGGAUACCGAGUUGCGCAUUCGUGAAGCGGGCCUGCUGGGCGACACGGAUGACUAUCCGGUAGUUGCCGUGCUGGGCUACGGCCACAUGGGCGACGCCAACCUUCACCUCAACGUCGGCGUCCGGCGCUACGACGAGCGGGUCGAGCGUGUGCUAGAACCUUUCGUGUACGAGUGGAUCGCCGAACGGGAGGGGAGCAUCAGCGCCGAACACGGGCUGGGCCUGGCCAAGAAGAAGUACAUUGGCUACAGCCGCGACGGUGUGAUGGUGGGGCUGAUGAAACAAGUCAAGCAACUCUACGACCCGAACGGCAUCAUGAACCCCUACAAGUACAUCUGACACAACGAAAGUCGGCUAUGUGGAAGACAAGAAGAGGUACCACCAACAAAACAUGUGCGCUUCGCGCUCAAGACGUCCCCACCUGCUCAUCGGUUACCUUCCAUUCAUCAGCUAGGUACUCGUCGGUUACCCGCGGAGCAUGAUGUCUGGAUAUCCCCCAACUUAGUUGUGCCCCAUGCCCUCAGCACCAGCGCCUAAGGGAACGAGAUGCACAUUCAGGUAUUUUAAUCCAGAAGAAGAACAAAGAAACAGCACAAGAGAGUGCUCUGGCGGGCCUACGCUGGUGGUGCCAAAUAUUAUAGUUGAGAUGUGGGUUGUUGCAUUGGCGAGGCGAUAGAGAGAGUCUGUUCGCGUCACCAUUGGAGUCAGCUCAAACCUGGCCGACCGGACUGAGGCCUCGGAUCCGACACCACCAGAUCGCAACAAAGGCAGCCACCGCAACUGGAUUCCCCGAGGGAUGGCACGUUCGGAAGUUCCAUUGCCCAGGAAGUCAAGCCAACCUGUCCGGCGGUAGCGAACUACAUAGAUGGCAGCAGCGCUUGGCUGGUUGCCUACAAAUCUUCCGAUGGCCCCCCUUGCGGGAUCCCUCGCGGGCUCUUUCAACCCGAGUCCCCGGAUCCCCAACUAACCACUUCACCAGAUACUUACCCGAGGUAUUUUGCAUAUACUUCCGCCCGUCCUCAGCGGUAGGCACACACGCAGGUAAGCCACGACCGGUCAGGCCUGACCGAGGCUUGUUUUGUCCCCCACCUCCGUUCCUUGCAAGAACUGUGUGUAUGCGACGGUGGCAACAGCCCUCGGUGCCUUCUCUCGCGGGUUAUCUCGCCUGCAUUCUCCCAUCGGGUCAACAUUCUCGCUCUCACCGAAGGAAGCCUUGGCGGCGAGGCCCUUUGAGCAAACGUUGAGUGUCAUAGCCGAAGGAAUUGUCAACGCUCGCUCGUUUGUCUUUUUUUUCUUUUUCUUCUUUUCCUAUUUUAUCGCAUCAUUAUUCAUUUAACUCAAGAGCGGCAGACUGCACUCCGCUGGCAGGACUCGUGCAAAUGUCCACUAUCUCUGCUGGAGAAUCGGCAGGAUCUUCCGAUCUUUACAUUCACCGGUUAACUCAAGACUUGUGGUAAAAUCAUGAUGGAGCGGUGAAACUUGC